GUAACCAAUCAGCGCCGAGCGUCGCGAUGUAUGUGUAGAUGCAGCUACGAGCGAGGCCAGACAGGCAGUAUGGCGGAGGAGGGCAGAGUGUACGAGUUAGGGGGGCUGGAGAAACAAUUACAGAGUUUGUUCGGCCGGUACUCGAAUGAUGAGCUGCGGGCCGAUAGUAAAACGUUCUGCUCUGACUUUUGCAAGGUAAGGGACCGAGGCUGAAGUUGUUCGGAGGCUUGUUGUCGAAGAUAAGAGCCGACUCCCCUCCCCCAGAAGUGGCCGUUACACCGCUAGCAUUCGCAGUUAGCUCCUGGCUAACGAGUCAUACUCGCCUUAAAAUGAGAAAUACUGACACAACGCCCCCUUUAAUACCCAUUCUUACAACUCGGGUUUAGGCUUGAGUGGCAUUAUUGACGACUGCGAGUGAAUAAAUGUGUCAUAGUUUGAUAGUGACUGCUGUGUAUUUGCUAGCUCGGCUUAUCAGCUGUCGAGCUAGCCCAAAGUUAGCACAGUGAGCACGGUGAAUGUUUACUAAAGUCACGGUUGGACACUUUACUGCACACUGGCAACGCUACAAGUUAGCAGUUUAAAACCAAUACAAUGAUAUUUAAUAUCUGCGUAUGUCAAACAUUGAGAUUAAAACUCUAAAUGUGACAUAAUGACCUGUCACAGCCCCCUUUACAACAACAGGACAUGUUAGUGGACUGAAGGUUUAAUACAGCAGCUGAAUAUCUGGUGUUAAAGUGUCCUCUUAUACCUGUAAAUGUCACAUAAUACCGGAGGAGAAACUAGGGGAUAACACCCAUUGCUAAAGUGCAUUUAAAUGCUUGUCAUGAGGUGUUGCUGGUGCAUUUUUACCCUUUAUUUGCAAUGUUAAAGUGGAAGAUGGUUGACAAUCAUUUCAAUGUGCUGUCAUGCCUUCUACCUCUAAAAAUGUCCUUGAAAAUAGUAUGCAAUGAACACAAUAUCAAUCAAUCAGUCUUUAUUUGUAUAGCACUUUUCACACAAAGUGCCUUACAUAGCAGAGGAAUAAAAGAAUCCCCUUCCCACAAUCUAAGCACAAUAGAAAUGUGUAUUAAAAUGCAUGAACUUAAAAAGGGCUCCAUUUCAUAGUAACAAGAGUGUGCGCACUGAGGAAACGCUGUCAAGAUAAGGAAACACUGGAGGUUUAAAAUCUAAAACCAAAGUAACAUAAAAUGAAAUUAUAGAAAUAGUAAAUGAAAUCAAAGCAACAGUAAAAGAUACUAAAAUAAGAGCACCGAAAUAUCUCAAUAAAAGAUGAUCCUGUCAUUAAAACUAGAAGAGACAAAUGCUAAAACACUUAAAGUUAAUGAUAUAAAAUUUAAAGUCAAGUCUUUAAGAUAAUAUGAAUAUGAAAGUAUGAAUAUGAGUGAAAAUGGUGAAUGUUCUAUUGGUCUGUUUAUUGAUCUGCAGAAGGCGUUUGACACCAUAGAUCACUUUUUCAAUAGAUCAAAUUAGAGAUUUAUGGAAUACGGGGGAUUGUUCAUUCUUGGCUGGAAAGUUAUUUCAGUAAUAGACACCACUGUGUACAAAUUAAUAAUACUAUGUCAUCGCUGAGAAAGAUAACAUGUGGCGUACCACAAGGAUCAGUGAUUGGUCCAAUACUAUUCAUUCUUUAUAUCAAUGACAUCUGCAAGGUAACAGAUUUUUUUCAGAUAUGUAAUAUUUGCAGAUGAUACCAAUUUGUUUUGCUCUGGUAAGAAUUUACAGGAACUUUUGUGUUGUGUGGAAAUGGAGCUAGAAAAUCUCAAGACUUGGUUUGAUGCCAAUAAAUUAUCUUAAAAAUACGGUAUUUGUUUUUCAAAGAUCAAUGCAGAUAAUUGAAGAUAUGUUUAUGUUUUGUAUUGAAUCAUAUACCAGAAAUGAGAUCAUCAGAGUUAAAGAUGAGCUUAAAUAUCUUGUAAUUCUUCCCUUGCCACGAAGGAAAUCUAUUUAUAUUUGUUUAUUUAUUCCCUGUGGUUCUCAACUGGUGGGUCCCGACCCAAAAGUUGGUUGUGGACGCGUUCUGGAUGGGUCACGAACAGCUGGUCAAAAAAGUAAAUAUUUAAUGCAAUGUUUUUUAGAUAUCUGAUAUUUUCUCUAAGCAACUUCAGUAGUUGUCAUCUGCAUGUUGCCCCCUUCAUGUGCUCUGAAAUGCACUUUACUCCAUAAAACAAGUGGAUUUAUGUUAAAGUUUAGAGUCUGUAAAGUUUUUAUUUUUCUUGGUUUGAAUUCUAUAAAAGUGGGUCAUGAUUUUAGGACCAUGGGAAAAUGAGGGUCCCAGAGUGAGACCAGUUGAGAACCACUGUGUUAGAUGGUGGCCUGGUUAUAAUGUCCAUGCCUUGUCAUAUCGAUGGAGUCAAAUGAAGCUGAAAGGCACUAUAGGGAGUUUUUAACUAGCCGAGAAUCACUGAAACUGCUACUGAUGCCUCUUUAUAAUAUUCAAAAUCAAUAGAUUGCCAUCAGCAACAAGAAUAUUAUCGUCUUUGAAGAUUUUAAUGCCUAAAGUUGCUGUAAGGGGUAGAGCCACACCAGAGGAUUAAAGCAGGCAGACAUAAAAGUGUUUUUUAUUUCUUUCUAUAGCAGAUAAUCACAGUGAGUGAUCAUGGACAGGACAGGAGAUAAGAGGUACCAUUUAUUGUAUAGGGAGCGCCAGAACGACAGCAAAUGGAAAGUUCUUCACUGGUUCUUCCAGCAGCCGCUUCUUUGUAGCGAGACCUCGAGCCAGUCCAUCAUGGACUGCCGCAGGGUGUCACAGCUCAAGGAAGAACAUUUAUGAUCAUUUCUAUAUCAUUUCCUUGAAGUAAUAAUCAUCAUAUGAAUCACGUUGCACUGCAGACGCCGUAGUUCUUCUGCCUUAGCAUCUUGGUCUGAUUGCAUUUCCAUGAAGAAAUGAUCAUAAACGUUCUUCCUUGAGCUGCGGCACCCCACUGCAAUCAAUGGACUGCUAGAAGAGAGUAGGUGAGUUGUGCUUAGUCUCUUUGCUAAAGAAAUUAGUCAAAGUUAAAAAGAUGUUUGGUGUCUAGUACUGUGGCUUGGACCCUCUAUGUCCUGUUGAUGAAGUUAGGUGCUGUUCUGAACAUUAUUUGUGGCUAUAGAGUGGCGUUUGGGUUGAGUGCAUGGCUCUCUGUAUUGCUAUUGUGCGGUCAUUACUAAAAUUGGUAUAACUAGAGAAGCAACAUUCAUCUCUCGAGGGGGUGUCUGACUUGGUGAUACAGUGUUUUUUUUGACCCUAACUUAAUUUUACACCAGAAUAUCCCUUUAAAUCGUUGAUUGGAUUGGAUAAAACGAUGUUAUUGCAAAGUGUAUUUUUGUCACAUCAUGCAGGCCAAGAACCACAUUUUCAGGUGAAAAGCUGAAGAUAAUAUAUACCCUUUAAUAUAUUAUAAUUUUGUUAAAUAUGCAGAACUUUUCUCAUAUUGCAAUUACUCUCACAGAAAGAAUACGUAAUCAGGUGUCAGUUUCUUCUAAUAUCGGGCAGCUCUAUUUAAGGGCAAAAAUCAAACUGUCAAAUAUAAUCAAUGGCACUUCAUCAACGCAGCGCACCGGCUGUAAUGUUUGGUAUAAGGCCUGAGAACAUCACUGUUGACUGUGAACAUUCACAGGAUUCCUGUAGCGCCCAAGAGUGAUGCCCGCUGUCUCCACCGUUAGAGGGCAACAUCGGCUUAUUGUGUUGUAUGGAUUUGACAGUUCAGCUCUCCAAAAAUGUGGGGAGGGGAGCUCUUUCUUGUGCAAUGCAGCUCCGACGUCCUGAGGAGUAGCUGCAGUAGAAAUGUUUUCUACCGCAGGCUCUCAUUCGCAGUGGGAGUUAAAUUAUAGAAAGUCAGAAACAAAGGUCUUUCCUUUUCGUUUUUAAUGUCUACUAUAAAAUGCUGGUUUGGGUUUUCAGCCUUCAGAGAUGUAUUAUGUUUUGAUUUGACCUUUUGCUUUAAAAAUGGUGUCAUGACCUUCCUAGUUUCUUUAGAGUACUAACAUAUUUGGUCCUUUUUGUUGACACAUUCUUGCCUUUUUCGAUCAGCUGUUAUCGGUAACACCGCAUGAACGUCUCCAAUCUAGUUUUAAACAAGCUAAGCAGCGACCCAAACUGAUCUGUCCUUAACCUGAUUCUCGUGUUGUUGUUGUUUCAGCUGGUGGAGGAGUACGCCUCUUGCUGGCAGGUGCCGCUGCCUCGGCUCAGGAUCCUCGAGAUAUGCCUCAUCUACUUUGCUCGAGGUGCCAGCUUCUUCGCCCCAAACUGUGAACAUGUGCUCCACACACUCAGCAGUCUGGCCUUGUAAGUUCGCCGUGUUUACCGGGGAAGGUUACCCUUUGUUGUUCCUUGAAGAAAACUCAGUGACGGAUCGAUUUAAAGCUGUGGCAGAGAGCGGAUUCCCACUCCAACCAAACCAAACAGUGUGACAGCUACUCUGAUCGCGGUUUGUUAUUGCAGGUACUCCCACGAAGCGCAGGAGGAGAGUAAAAGGCACAAGUUUAAAAAAUGUAAAAGUGCUUCACCUCGUGUCUCAUCUGUCUCCUUCAUGCCGAGUUAUUCUUGCUAUUCAGCCGCAGAGGUCACUUUCAAACUCUAAUUCUUCAUUUUCACACUUUAGCAUUGAAUUAAAUCAAACCGGGUGUGUCUGAUGUUUUCUUUCAUUCUCGCUUCCUUUAUCUCAAGUCUUGAACUUAAGUUGCACACUGGUCGGAUUGUGAAUGCAUGAAUUCGACCAUUUAUCGCCCCUCAGGAGGCUGACUUUGCACAAUGGGCUUUUUGAAAGAUCACACAUAAAACACAGCAUUGUAAAGCACACUACACUUUUACGAGUCGAGGAACAAAUCCUUUGAAUCAUUUACACUUUUUAUUUUUUUUCCAGAGUCUUGAAUAAGUCGUAAAAAGUCCAGAGAGUAUUCACAUGGACAGUAAACACAGCCUCGUUUUUAGACAUUCAUCAUCCACUGUUGAAGAAGUCUUGUAUAUCUGAUGACAGCUGGUGCCAAUGUUUAUAGAACUGAAAGUUGAUCUUGUUUGUUGGCUCGCACGACCGAAUCGGCGGGCCAAGAAAAGGCCUGGCACAGCGCCAGCCUUGACCCUACGCCAUCCCUCAGGGCUUCCCUCAGCCUCUCAAUUAAGUGCAUUCCUCGUUCCCUUUUACCACAGGGGAUAUUUUUAUUUAAACCCAGAUGAAUAUAUUUAUGAGGCGGGGUCUAAAGCGAUUACUUUGAUCCGUUCACAGGAGUGUUUUUGAGCUGCUGCUGUUCUUUGACCAGAAGGCCUUCCAGGAGGAGCCGCUGAAACACUUCACUGUUACAUUCCAGGUGAGAAAGCAUCACAAACACAAGGAUUAAACUACUCCACUUCAUAGAUGUUACUUAAUUGUUUGGUGUCUGCUGUAAACAACAUCAUGCUACUCUUUUUUUGUGUCCUCCCACUCUUCUAGGAAUGUCAUUCGGCCUUUGCGAGCCAUCAGAAUGUUCACUUACUUCAGGUGGAGCGUUUGGUUCGGGGCGGUGGGCCUUGGGCCAGCUCAGUCUUACAGGCAAUCCUCAGCGAGUCCAGUUUACCUCAAAAUGAAGGUAUGUCGUGUCGUGUCGAAGUGUUGGGCGGUAUGACUGUAUUUACCGUGUGACGCUAUAAAAAUGUCGAAUGGUAGAAAUUUUGCUUUACCGUUUAAACCGGAGAGAGAGAGAGAGGGAGGAUGUGUGCUGCAUCUCUCUGAGUCAGUGUGUAGUUGUCUGCGCUCGCAUUACCGUAUAUUCACCAGCCUAUCGUGCAGAGUUUGUUCGCUCCGUUUGAUUGGUCAGGUUUUAGUGUGCUCCCUAUAAUCACCAGCGUGUCCAGAAAACUGCUUGGCACAGUUUAGAUGAAGAAGAAGCAGCUUCACUGGUGGAGGUCAUGGCGGAUGUGGAGAUGAGUGGCAGUUCCGAGAAAACGGAGGCAGCCCGACCAAACAGACAUGAGGAAGAGGAGGAGGGACUCGUUCCAAAAAAGGGCGCGAGUCGCGACAUCGGUUUUCUGGAGAUUCUUCGGAUUUAGAAAAUCCGACAAUGAUCAAAAAACAAUCUUGUGCAAAGAGUGUCGUGUGGCUGCCGUUGCUGGAUUACUCAUACUGUGAUAUAAGAUUUUGUUCCGCCCAACACUAUUAUGUCGUGUCGUGUAUGUGGUUUUUUCCUCAGCUGUGAUCUAAUUGUUUCCCUUAUAUCAAAUUAGUCACUGCUUCUGAGUUUCCUUCCUCUUCCUAAAACAAGAACCUGUUUGCUGCACUUCAGUGGGUCACUCUGCAUUGUAAUCUAGUUUAAGGAAUUAAAUGAAUGUCAUUGUCUCAUUUGCUCAUGACUCCCCCUCUCUCUCGACUCGUCCUCAGUGGAUGGGUACAUCAGCUCCGAGCUGCCUGUGUUCUUCGAGCUUCAGGUGCGCUACCUCUUAUCGUGCGAGCAGCGGGUCGGUGAGGCUGUGGCUCUGGCUAAGUGUUGUUCUCGGCAUCCGGCGACAGGACAGCACCUGUUCUUCCUCCAGGUCUACCUCACGUGGCUUCUGAAAACUUCACAGCAUGACCGCCUUCACAGAGAGGUGGGUGGACUGCGUGCAAACCACUCGCUUGUGUUUUAUUCGAUGGUGUAAUUUUCUCCAUCGGCUGCUGCACCUACCUCAUUUUCAUAUUUGAGGAUGAUUGACAGGGCUGAACUGAAGCGUUUUUUUUCUGCUGUUUUCAGGUGGCUGACUUCAGUGGCAAAGAUGCAAUUCACAUCAUCUGUAGUUUGGAGAGUGAGGAGCAGGAUGAGUUGCUUCUCGCUCUCUGCAGAGCCUUCCUCUCUCAGCAGCUCCGUCGAGGAGACAUGUAUUAUCUGUGGUAACUUCAGAUUUCUUAAUUACAUUUUACACAAACUGAGGAAUACUUGUGUUUCUAAAGCCAGUAUAAACUAAUAUACCUUUUAAUUCAAGGAGUAUUAAAGUGAGGUUUUAUUUUCUUUGCAGUGAUCUUGUCUUGGUUUGGAGUAAACUUCAUAGCCGGUUGAAAACAUCCAAGCAAGCUCUACUUGAGGAGAGUCAUCAGCUGAUGCUGUCUGCCACAAAUGUCAACUCAAUCUUCCCGUUCAUCAGAGCCGUGCUGCAAGAGGUGAGACGCAGAGUUAAUCUGCUUUUUAUUUCUAAGAAUUUGAGUCUUAACUCUUAACCUUCUGUUUGCGUUGUAGCUGGGUGAAGAUGGCGUCCAGUUCUGCGUGGAGCUUUGUGCGAGCGCCCUGGAGUCCUGCCUCCCCUGCGAUGUCAUCACCAAGUCCCUAAUUUACAAAACCAUAGCCGGUCUGCUGCCUAACGACCUGGAGGUGUGCCGAGCGUGCGCUCUCCUGGUGUUCUUCCUCGAGCGCUCCGUCGAGACCUACAAGAUGGUCUACCUGCUUUACAUGCAUCCCGAUCAGGAGUACCACGUGGACUCCAGCCCCAUCAGGAAUCACAUUCGAUUCGAAACCCUGCAGGUAGAGCAACAUUUGAAUGAGUCCCGACAGGAUCUGACCAAAAGAAAGAUCGAAAGAUCCGCAUCUCUCUCCCCAACACUGUUACACAAGUUUUAUUCUAUUUAGUACCGUAUUUACCGGAGUAUAAGUCGCACCAGCCAAAAAAUGCAUAACAAGGAAGAAAAAACAAAUACCGGAAAAAAAUGCAUUUUGGGGGGAAAUACAAGACCAAGAACAGAAUAUGAUCUGCAGAAUAUUAUUUUCUUUUUGGCUGCAUUUGUGCUCAAGUCUUUCUCAGUUGUCAAUAUGGGUUAACAUCAAUUUUUAAAUCUUUAGUGGUACAGGAGUAGACAAUACUGGUACGUCAGCCUAGAGCGCCCUCUAGUGGCUGUCAGUGUGAAAAUAACAAAUGUGUGAAAUCAUGUAUUUUAAUAUAUAUAUAAGUCGCGCCUGAGUAUAAGUCGCAAACCGAGUCAAACUAUGAAAAAUACUGCGACUUAUAGUCUGGAAAAUAUGAUAAUAACGGAUUUAUUUCAAAUGAUGUUCUUGACUUUAAUAGCUCAGUUUCUGUUGUUUUCAAUAGCCUCUAAUUUUCUCCCAUGAACAUAACAAGUAUGCACCUGUAAAUGUAACAAUAUUAAACUUAUCAGUAACUACACCAACAACAUUUAGAUGUAGUAUGAAUAACACAGGCCCUAGUCUUGAUCCUUGAGGAACCCAAUGAGUUACCUUUCAAUAAUGUUAUUUUUUAAACCACACCUCUUUUACUGUAACAUACUUAUUUCUGGAGAAUCAUAGCAAGUUCACGGAUGACUUUUUUGCUGUCAAUAUUACACCAAAACAUUUCCUUUCCCCGUCUAUCCUUAGGUUUUGAAGAAGGACCUGUAUUUUGACCCCGAGUUUUGGAACCUCAUCGCUCUGCGGACCAACUGUUUGAAGCUGAUGAGCGAGAAGGUGGUUAGCACUGCCCUAGAAGAAAUCAUGGAGGACAAAUGGAUUCUUAAAUACUGCACCAAAGAUUCCUCUUUCCGUUCGAGCAGAGCCGUUUGUAAGAAAGGGAAGAAAGAGGAGCUUCAAACAUCGUGUAAAAAGCGUCAUCUUAAAGGGGAUACUAACGCUGCAUCCAAGAGAUUAAAGAUGGGUUCCGGCCGAACGCGCCUACACAGCGACCACACGGUGAAGAAGAGAGGCAGCCAAGGGUCAAGACCUCUGAGGGAUAAACCUCUGCGGCGUUCGUUUUGGCAGCUGGACAAGAUGCAGGACAGCGCCGAUCUUCGCCGCACCACUCGACUCUCAGAAAAGAACCCACCAAAACGCAGGAUAAGGACACCGAGGUGGCUUCUGGAAGACUCAGGAACUCUUGAAGAGAAUAACGCUCCUUCCAAGAUGAAAAGGCACGGGUUGAGACAUGAAAAGCACCACCAAUCCGCUGUCAUAAAGAGGACCGAAACUGGUCCGAUCAAGAACAAUGAAAAACACAAACCUUCAAUACACUCUCAUUUAACUGCCAGGGAAAACAACAGCAAACUCCAGAAAGGACUAAGUUUGGACUUUGACAAACCAGCCAACCCCCCGCAAGUGAUCCUCGAGCUCUCCCUACCGGACAACGAGCUGAUGGGAACGUUCAACGAGGAGACUUGUAACAGACAGAGAGGCUUUCCUCAGGUGCUUCUUUACAAACCUACAGUUAAACUUCCAGACUCACAGCAACCUGCAAAGACCCUGCACGGCAAAGAGGUGGUUAUAAGAGCGAGGGACGCCGCUAUGUUCAUACAGCAGAUUCACUGUUACGCUCGAAAGCAGAAAGGAAAAGGUAACGGGUCGAAUGUGCAAGGCUCGGUAUCAACAAUCACACGCUCCUCGGCGCAAGGAAGUCCCCUUAAAGACACCCAGAGGAAGCUUUCUGAAAGACCUGCCGCUGGAGUUGUUACUCGGACAAAAGUCAAAGAAACUGCUGAAAAAGCCCCCCGAGCUCAAACCGCAAAAGCAGUAUUGCGCAAGACUUCUUCAGGCAGAGAGAUAUCUGGAAAGCCUGCUGUCGAGAAGAAAGAUAGCGAUGUGUCACGGACGUCAGCAGAGUCUGAAGUGACUGGAGCUCCGUUGUUGGAUAAGUUCCUACAAGGGAAGGCCGUGACUUCCACAAGAGAGCUCUGUGAAGGGUCCGCUGUUGAAAUGAAAGUCACUAUCGCAUCGCAGACCCGAACAACCGCCAAAGAUAGUCAAUUACAAGGUUUGGACCCAAUCUGUAAAGCUCAGAAGGUGAAAGAAACCCCGGAAACCGCAACUUCGGCGGAGGUUUCACGGACAUUAACUGCUGACAAAAAUGAGAUGAAAGUUACUGAUGAGCGCCAGAAAGAAAGAGCAGCUUCUAGGAUGCUGCCACAGCGUGAAGAUGUCCUUAAAAAUCAGGGACAAGAACUCACGUCACCCUCCUCUCAGGUUGAAACAGACAAAAAUCUAGCAAAAGCAGACACUUCAGAGAUACCCACAAAUCUCAGCAAUGGCAUACCUGACAGGGACGUCCCAGAUAUUUCACUGAAACCCUCAAAAGAGCCAAAUCCUGGAGGACUUGUCAUGACUCAAAACAGGACAAAGGCUCCUUCUAAACCCACAGACCGGAAUAGUAUGAGUGACAUAUCUUCUCUGACGUUAGUGACGGAAAUGGUGACUGAACUCGCACCAGAGACAAUCGCGACAGAUCUGGAGAAUGAAAAACUCUCAGCCCCACAAACCAGUGCCUCCAAAGAAUCCAAAACGGGAGGUAAACCUAGAACCCUUCACAAAUCACUCACUACCUCCAGCUGUUUCAUGCAAGAUCCAAAUGUGCAAGGGAAUAAAGAGGGCAUUAAGGAUAUGGAUGAAGAAAUGACAGAAGAUAGUGACGCUGUAGAAACUGAGGAAUCCAGGUUGGAGUUUUGUUGUACCUUCUGCCACAAGGAGUUCAAAGGAAGCCGUGUUGUCGCACACGCUAUGUUCCAUUAUCGUAAGGACGAGUGUAUGUUCUGUGGGGUGACGUUCAAGGAUGACCUUCUGGCCAUGAUGCAUCUGUCUGAUCAUAUCGAGAAGCUAAAGAGGAUCAAAGAUACGCCCGUCAGAAAUGCAAAAGACAACCGGCGGUCCGAGUCCAAAGACACCUCCACGCCCAAGAGCUCUUCCAAAGCUACAACCACAAAUGUCUCGUCUGGAGGAAGAGGGAGGCCUAGAAAAUCUGAUAUCUGCCUCAGGUCAGUAAGUGUUUCUGUGGAUUCUACUCCUCCUGGAUCGAGACGGUUAAGAUCAAAUGACAAGCAAGAAGAAAAUCCAACUUUGCAGGAUGAGAAACUGAAAACAGCCCCUGUCACGAGCAAAACUCCUGUCCACAAAGUGAACGGGCAUAUCGGCACAAAGAAAAAACUCGGCAGACCGAGAAAAGUCUCCUUAAACUCUGUAACUGAGGAGACACCAAAAAGGCAGAAAAUCUCCCAUGAAAGAACUGCUAAGGGGGCCGGGACUCAAAGGUUGCAAGAGAAGCAGGAGUCUGCAACGUCAUCUAAAGUAGACAAAGAAUUUAAGCGUUCUGUUGAAGCGAAAAAGGAAGAGAGAGUUUCUCUGCAGGUCCAGAGGAAAGCUGCCAAACAAGACAAAGCUGUUUCAGGGAACAAUUCAGAGCAACAGGAAAAAGUUGGCUGUCCUGUGGAGGGUUGUGCCUGGUUCACAGACCUGUCCAAAAACCGUGUCUCCCUCCUGUAUCACGCCCUCGAGGAUCACUACGGGGACAUCAAACCUUUAGAAGUGGCGUACCGUGUCGGAGACGGCAAAUGCAGCUGUUGCAUGAGGGUCCUGUGGAGUUUCGAACACUUCCAGCACCACGUUGAAAGACACAGACUCACUCCUCGGUAUCCUUGCCCCCAUCAGGGGUGUCCUGUCAGGUUCAAAACUGGGAUAGAAAUGAGACGCCACGCCAGGAAGCACAGUCCGCUGCAGGCAGCGUGUUGCCUCCCUGGCUGCUCUAAACUAUUUAUUUGUCUGUGGGCACUGAACCUCCAUGAGAGAGAGCACUACUCCACCAAACUUGACACAAAAGAGCCGACGGGUGAGGAAGAUGAUCACGUUCAAGUUGGGAAGAAACAACCACAUCAUGAGCCAAAAGAUGCAACUCCUACCAGCACUCGAAAACAGACUGUAAGUGUAAAAGCUGCUCAUAAAUUAAAGAGACAGAAUACGGACAAAUUCUUGAAAAGGAAACAUUUCAGAGCUUCUCUCCGGGCCAGCGUCAGAGUAUCUCUUUUGAAACAGGAGGUUAAAGAGGACCCUGAGACCCAGGAGAAUCCCUCAAACAGUGACACAACCGAACAUCGGUCCGGGCCGAGAUUGAGGCAAACGUUAAGAAAAGCAACAGACGCCGCGUCUCUUAAAGGUCACAAAGUGCUGUCAUCCUCGCUGUUUCAACACAACAUCAAAGCGAGGUAUAAAGCGAAGAACGCGCAGGUCAAAGUGAACACGAGAGGUCUGAAAAGAAGAGGGCGUCCUCCCAAGCCAAGGACUGCUGCACCUGAUGAAAACACAACACCCAGUCUAAAUCAUAAAACUGUCAAAGAGAAAACUGCUGUGAUGAGGAAUCAGAAGAACACGGAUCAGCUUACACGCCACGUGAAAACGGAGGAGGCCUCGGGUCAGAGCAGAGGGCAGAGUCCAGAAGAUGUGAAGACCACGGAAAGAUCUAAAUUAAAGUCAACAAGAUCAGUGAGGAGUCAGAUGAAGAGAAAUCAUUUUCAACAAAAGAAGAUCCACUCCAAGACGCGUCUAAAUCGAGCCACAUCGGCCAAGAAGACACAAAAGUUGAUGAUUGACAAAAUGAAGAAACAACUUAAAGCAAGAAAACACCGAACUGCCAACAAGGACGGCAGUCAGACUCUGUCCUCAGAAUCUACUGAGACACAGAAGACGAAGAAUGAAGAUGAUAAAGCCGCAACAGAGAUUUCAGAGAAAGGAUUACCUCUAAAGGAACCAGAGCCAGUCGUGGAAGAGUCAGAAUCCAUCGUCAGACAAGAUGAGGCCGAAUCAGUCACAGAAAGUCCAGCUAAAGAAGAAGAAAAGUCCAAUUCGGAAGAGGCUGAAUCAACCCAAAACAUCCCUGAUGACUCAGUCUUUGUUGUCCAAGCUGAGAGUUUAACCGAUUCAAAAGAAGCACCCAUCAGCCCGGCGGAGAAAGAGAAAACUGUAGAAGCAGGAAAGAGGAAGAAAUUAGAAAAAGGAGAGAAAACUACUGCAACUUCAAACUCAGGCAAGACCCUCAAGAAGCACAAGGAUGCAAACAAGGAGGAGAAAGGGAACAAGUCAAGUAAAGUCUCCACCCUGAAAAAGACAUCGAAGUCUAAACCAGCAGAAACACCCGUGGAGGCUCAAGUAGCAGGAGAAGGUCCACUUGAUGUGGAAGCAAAAGAAGAAGCAUCAAAUGUGAACAUCGAUGAGCAUGAUUCCUCCGUCUCUGCUUCUGCUGCAGCUAACAGCUCAAAUAAACCGACUUCUCCACCAGCUGCCAAUGAGGAGAAGACGCAGACGGUCACAAAUGAGACAAAAUCAAACAAAUCCAAAAUGAAGAGAAAUGUGGACCCUAACAAACCGAAAAAAGAGUGCAAGGAUACUGUGAAGAAGAUUGUAAAGAAGAAAUGCAAAGACCCACGUGAUCCAUCAAGAUCUAAGAAGCCUAAAAAGUCUAAAGUUCGACCAGAGGUGAAAGUAGAGGGAACAGAGAGCUCUGAACAUCAGGAGAAACCCUCCACCCAAACACCUCAGUCCACUUCACCAAGGCGUAGAUACUCCGCAUUAACAAACGGACAAGAGAGACAAGAGGAAGCUAAAAUCACAGAGUUCAAGCAGAACCUCGCGGAGUACGGGAAGAAGCCGUACACGCGCGCCCCGCCUGAAGUCUACCUGGAUGAGAAGUACAUCACCAUGCCUAAACGAAGGAAGGAGCCGCUCCAGGCGCCUUACAGAUACCCCUCCCUGGAGCAGGUGAAGAUGCUGGUGGCCGCGCAGAAACAGCGAUGCACCAACUGCUUCGCUACGUUCAACAACGCCGAGGAGCUGCAGGGACACCUUCAGCUGAAGAACUGCUCCAACCUCUUUGGAUUCGACUCCGAUGACGAGGGUGAGUCUGAAGUCUUUUCAAGAACUUCUGAACUGUUGUGAGAAAGUUUGUUUUAAGGUAGUUUAUUCGAAAAAGAAAUCAAGUCUCGAUAAUUUACAUUUGUUUUUGUGUCCCUCAAUCACAUCCUCACACUCAGUCUCGUUAUGUUCGUAAAGAUUGUCGUGACGGCUGUUAUUCUAGGAGUUUUAACGCUUUUUGUCACUUCGGAGGAAGCUCUGAACUCCUCCUCACUCUCCAGGAAUGUUAUCCAGUAUCUGAGUCACUGGAAACUUGCACAGCCUUGAAGGAAUAACUCAGGGUUGGGUCACACUCGAUAAUUAGUAGUAAUUUGUAUGGCUCAAUGUGGGAUGGGCAUUUUCAGCAGCGAUGUUAUUCGAUACUGACUGAGAACUGUUUAUCCAUCAUUGGGAUGGUUGCCCAUCCAUCCUACUCUAUGAGUUUACACAGAUGCAAAGAAAGAAAGUCAGAUCUAGAUACGUGUAUGAACGGAUUUAACCGCAGAAGCUACUGUGAGGAGUUUUUGGAUGUUUAUAUAAUAGACUGAGAUUCUUAUUGAAAUAUAAAAGCAAACAAGAACCUUAAGAACAACAUACGGUAAUUCCUUCAUGCGUGAAACCAGUGUGGGAAUGUAGGUGUCAGUGUUGCCAGAUGGGAAAUAUAGAAUUAUCGUACGAGAGACUCAAAAUUAUCGUAUUUAUGGGAAAAUGAUCGUACACCCGUCAUAAUCAAAAUAACAAUCUUACUGUUGCAUGAUAGUGGCCUAUAGUCACUCUGUUUAGUGUCCUACAGGAACUCACAAUGUUGUGGUCAUUCAUCGCCCCGCCCACAUCAGCAACGUAUGAUCAGCAGCUCCGACUCAGCUGUGUUACACUAAUAUGUCCCCUUUAAACAAAUGACAGAUGGGAACUAAUGAGCCAAAUCAUGAGACCUUGAGGCCACCUACUUUUUUGAGACAGUGUUCAUAAUAACUGACAAAGAAAUAAAGAGUCAUCUGACUUACAUUAGUGAAAUCUAUUUUAGACACAAAACCAACAUGUCCUCACACGAGUAUUCGGCUCCUGUUAAUCACCGUCCUCUUCAGUGACGCUCUUUUUUCUCAACUGACUUCCCGACUGAGCAUGAUUGACAGCCAAUCAUGCUUGUUGUUUGGAUUAUAGACUGUAUAUACUAUAUAUGUAUAUGUAUAUUUAUUUUAUAUAUUUAUGUAUAUUCUAUUUACAGUCUAGGGUUUGUAGACAAACGUCGCUCAAACUAUGACUGGAUGGAAACGUCACAUAGUGAAAGAUGCCUUCAGGGUUUGGCAGUGUCUGGCAGACUGAAACAGUGUUAUUGCACCACACGUUCACGAAACUGUCAAAUUAUCGUUCAUUUAGACUUUUUUCUUGGUUAUUGAUCGUACAUCGUACAGUGGGCAAAAACAUCCUACAAAUACGAUAAUCAUCGUACACCUGGCAACCCUGGUAGGUGUCAGUGAUGCAGCUGGAGCCCCAUUUUUACACAUGUAGGAUAAAAUAUUAGCAGUAAAUGAUUGAUUGAUUGUUGGAGGUCACGACUUAAACAUGUCGGGGAAAAAGUUCCGCAAAGUUUGCACAAGUUUCGACAAAAGGUGAAAGUCUCUUUCACAGUUGGAGCUGCGCAUGACCUGAAUUUGAGAAUCCUAUACGAUAUAAAGUCCAGAUUGCUGUUCAUGCUUUUGAUUUAUGGUUCGAAUAAACAGUAGUGAAAAAAUAAACUUCACAGAGGAGAUUUGAAAUGUUACCAGGGUAUGAAUUAAUCAUUAUCCUCUUCAUAUUAUAUCACUUUUCAGGUAACAGUUGAACAUCCACUCAAGCCUGAUGGGAUUAACACUUUGGAUUAACAGUAGACUUGUCUGUGGAUUGCCUGGAGCUCCUGGUUUUGGAUCAUACCUCAAAGGAUCAGUCCCCUCUGCAGGACUCCUUUCACAGCCGCCUUGGAAGAGAUCUGCGAGGGGCGUCACCUGACUUUUGCCGCGGCAUGUGCCUGAAACGGCAGGUCCCGGGAGCGUCCAGAACACGAACUAUCGAGAAACUGAACUGAGGUGAACCGCAGUCAGACUGUUAGCAGAACAGCUCGUACUGAAGUGCCUGCUCUGGAACCGCCGUGCUGUUUCACGCGACUAAAAAUUUGGUAAGGAGAUUGUGGCUUAAAAAGACUGGACUCUUGAAAGCUGUGAAGACAAAAAAAGAAAAAAAAAAAUGCGAGACUACAAGGCUGCUCCUGCUGUCACUAGGAUACAUAUUUUUUACAUCAGUAAGCCAUACGUCGCCAUUGUUUGCUUUUUGCACUGUUUUCUCACAAGAUUUUCUUUCUGCUUUAACUAAAAUAAUGGGAACUGUGAUGAAUCAAGCAUCUAAAAGUUUCAUUCUAACAUUAUAAUGUUACAUAUAAUGAAGACUUAAGUCUUAAGUUUGAAAAAUUGUAAAAUUGCUGUAUGAAAGUCAUCUUUGGAGAAGUUUUUAUGUAUAACUCUUGUUUAAAUACUAUUUCUCUUCUAAGUUCCCUCUGGGGUUGAUUAAGUCUGUGCUUUGUCCUUUACCAUGAGUAACCAGUAGGGGUCAGUGUGCGCCUUUUUUUGGAGUUAUAAAAACAGACUUCCUUUUUCUUUUACAUUUGCAAAACUUAAAUUAACAUAUUUACUAUUUUUCCUCCACAGAUUUCUACAUGUACAGCUGCUCCUCUGUAUUUAUCACUAUAGGGAAUCAAGAAAUAGCUUCACUUCCAUUUCCAUACAUCAAGCUGUAUUUCCUUUAGCAAUAACAACAACCAUACAAACGUGCCAGUUCCCUUUGUGUUCAAGCUGCUGGGUUCUGCAGCUCACACUCUGGCUUGUGUUGAUUUUAUUCGAAUAGAUUUUUCAAUUUUAUCUUUUCAGAAUCAUGAAGACGUCGUGAUUUCUCUUUUAGGGUGAAUGUUCUUUUAUAGGAUCGGUUUGCAAACAUCAUGUCAUAAACAAGCGUUACGAGGAUAAAGGCACCGGGUUUUCAUGAACGGCAGCAGCAGCAGCAGGUUAUAUUUAUUUGUUUUAUUUUCUAUCUUUUGUAAAUAUUUGAGGAGUCACAAUGGCUUACUAUAUUAAAGGGUUGUUGGAGGCGGGGUUUAUAUUUUGUUCUUGGAGAAAAUAAAACAUUUCAAAUGACUUUUUUUAUUCAUUCUGGCUUUGUUACAG